AUGCAAGAACAUCAGCUUUCUCGAGGUGACCACCAGCUAUGCAUAGAGUCCCGAUUGGCUUUACAGCGUUCCCAAAUCGACGAGGACUGGGGCCAAGCAGAGAACAACUAUCGACAUUUGCGUGCUGAAGUGGAUCGGGUCAGAGGGCACUUAGAGGCCUCCGGUCUAUUGUCAAACACCGUUUCAUCAGCUGUUGUAUCCACUGGUGUAGACUCAGGAAACAACCUUGGACCUGUCACUAAGCCAAACUUUAAUAGAACAGAGAAUUCUAGGACAUUUCAAUCCGCUACUACUACGCGGCCUAAUGGGUCCGGUUUUAAUCGGCUUGAAGCUGGGGUUCAUGAGAUCAAUGAAGAGCGAGGUAACGAUGAGGGAACAGAAGCUAGAACAAAUGAGCCAAGGGAAGCCAAAGGCUCGGCUGUCCAUGCUAAAGUACUGCGCCAUCGUCACUCCCAAAAAUCUCUUCCUGUGAGAAACAACAAGCGAACUGGCACCUCUAGAAGAACCAACGAAAACAUCUCUGGUCGAAGUCACUCGAGAUUGCUUUCGUGA